AUGGCUGAGGACCAGACAUUUUUCCAGGGUCACGGAAAACUCCCCAAAGGCCCUAGAUCAGAGUCACCAGUGUCUGUGCCAUGCCAACACACACUUAUGGAAAAGCCAGACUGUGACUGGGAGACGUGGCACAUUCGCUUCAGAACAUUUAGCAGCUCGGAGGAAUCCGACCCCGUCCAGGAUCUGAGGAGACUCUGUGAGCUCUGCCAUCAGUGGCUGAGGCCAGAUCUUCACACAAAGGAGCAGAUGAUGGACAAGCUAGUGCUGGAGCAGUUUAUGAUCUGCAUGCUGCUGGAGUGCCAGGUCUUAGUCAAGGAGAGUGGAGUGCAGAGUUGCAAAGACAUGGAGGACAUGCUAAGAAGUAAUCAGAAACCCAAGAAAUGGACUACAGUUCGCAUACAAGGAGAUGAAUAUCUUGUGCGAAGCUUGGAUAUUGAGACGUUUGAAGUUGAGCUCAGUGACACCAACGAUGAGAAAGACCUACCCAGGGAUCCCCAAUCCCUUGUUAGUGAGAUACCUCCAAAGAAUGGCCAGCAGGACCAGAAAAGUCUCCUGCCAGAGAUCAUUCCUGAAACAGGUGAACUAGAGGGUCUGACACCCAAGGAAAACUUGGAGAAGGACCUGAUGGAAUACAUGGAAGAGACAAGAACCCGUCAGUCUCAAGAGCUUGAACUUCCAAAGCGUCGUGAAGAAGAAGGAGCCACAUCUUUGGACAAAGGACAUUUCUCAGGACAAUUUGGGUCCCAUUCUGUUGUUUCACCUAGCACAGUGGGACCAACCAGUCCUCCUGAGGGAAAAGAAGCCAAGGGACGGGCACCCUAUUAAUGUAGGGUAUGCAAGAAGAGAUUUCCUUAUCAAUCUCAGGUUAUCCUUCACCAGAGGACACACACAGGAGAGAGACCCUUUCGAUGCAGUAUCUGUGCCGAAGGGUCCAUGCAGUCUUCCGACCUGUGAACUCACAAGCGUAUCCACACAGGCGAGAAGCCAUACUGCUGUGAUCUCUGCCCCAAGAAGUUAACCCACAACUCCACGCUGCGUGCUCACAAGAGGACCCACACCAAGGAGAAGCCUUUCCGAUAUGAGCACUGCGACAAAGCCUUCAGCCACAGAUGGAACCUCAAGGUUCACCAAUGCACCCACUCUGGGCUCAAACCGUACAUGUGCCCCGAGUGUCACAGCGCCUUCCGUCAGCUAGGAAGUUUCAAACGCCACCAGAAAACACAUUCAGAAUGA